AUCUGUCAAUGUCAAAUGUCAAUCAAAAAAAAAAACAGAAAAAAGAAAAAGUUAUCGCGUCCGGCGAUAUAAUAAUUGUAUUGUUAUUAAUAACGUGCCUUUAUCCUUAAUUAUAAUUGCAACCGAUGUCAGAUACUUCUUUGGAAGGAAUUCAAGCUCCCAGAGUAGAAAAGCCACCAUCCAAAAUACCAGAAUCCGUUAAGAAAAUAAUAUUAAUGGAGAAAGAAAAUGAUUCAAACUCCAGUCGCAAAUCAAGAAUUGAUCUCAACGCAUUGCCAACCCGACAGUACCUUGACCAAACAGUGGUCCCAAUCUUGCUCCAAGGUUUAUCAGCAUUGGCCAAGGAACGACCACCGUCACCUAUCAACUAUUUAGCUGCAUAUCUAUUGAAGAACAGAAACACUUUUGAGAAUAAUAAUGCUGGAGCAAAUAAUAAUGCACCACCCAAUCCACAGACAUAGAAUUAAGUAGUUAUAAUUAUUUAGGUUAGUAAUAAUGUGGGUAUUCUGCUGUAUAAAGUCUUUUUACUAAAAUGAUAUUGCUAUCCCUUUCAUAGUGCUUCAUGCGGAAAAGGAUAGCUACUAUCAAUUAAGUUUAGUGAUUGUGUACAACAAUAUUAGCCACAUUAUAUAGCGUGCACAAAACAAGUAGUCCAAUCUGAAGUUGCAACAUAGUGGUUUGCGCAGGAAGACAAAAUUAAUACAAAAGCUCCUCAUAUCUAUUUUCACGCCAACUAUGGCAAAGUCAAAAGGAAGGGUUAUGAUUUUAGCAGUCUAUGUAUGUAGGUGAGAUCCACCAUAGUGCCUAAACUACUGAGCCGAUUUUGCUAACUGAGGUGUCAAUCAAUUCAUUAUCAUAGUCUAGGUGACAUAGGCUACUUUUUAUAUGAAAAAAAACCUGUUGGAUGUUGGAAAAAAAGCGGAGGUCCCAAUUUUUUUUUGUUAUUAUAUCGAGUGGGAUAUCAAAUGAAAGAGAAAAGAAGUCAUAGUUCAUAAAUAUAUAUUAAGUAGUACAAUGUUAAAAUACACCAAGUGACAGAAAAACAAUUUUACCAUAUCUAUUGGCAGUUCGCAGGUAGUAGUUGGGGUUUAAUGCUAUUUUGUUUCUGUACAAUAUGCCAGAAUACGUGCGUCAUGUUCAGCGGACUACUUGUUUUACAAACACUAUAAUAAAUUAUGUCUAUUGAAAUGAACCACGAAAAUUGGUUAUGUGUGAAUAGUCUUGCUGCAUGUUUGCAGCCAAAAAUUACCAUGUAAGAUAUUAUAGUCAUGCAAAUGAAAA